AGAAGAGGUCACCCUCGUCGUCAAAAGCCAUCCUCAUUCUCUCUCUUUGGGUUCUGAACUUGUAAUAGCUAUAGAUAGAAAUACAGUGACAGACACAAUAGAAGAAGAAACCCAACCCAAGCAAACGCACUCAGAGAAGAGAGAAUGACCACCCCAAGAGGAAACCACCACCCGCAGCCUAACGGUGAGCGAAGAAGACAAUGGCCACCGGCACAUCCAGCAGCGGCAGCGCCAGCGGCUCCGGAAGCGGCAGAGACAGCGACAGCAACAGCAACAGCAGCAGGCGGACAUUCUUACAAUGGGUACCGACAGUACCACCCAAGAACGCCGGGUCGUUCGUCGUCGUCGUCGGCAUCGUUCAAAGGGUGCUGUUGCUGCCUCUUCCUUCUAUUCUCGUUCCUGGCGCUGCUGGUGCUAGCGGUGGUGCUGGUAAUAAUCCUAGCGGUGAAGCCGAAGAAGCCACAGUUCGAUCUGGAGCAAGUGGGGGUGCAGUACAUGGGCAUCACACCCAAUCCCCCCUCCACCGCUUCCCUCUCCCUCACCAUUCGCCUCCUCUUCGCCGCCACCAACCCCAACAAGGUCGGGAUCAGGUACGGCCAGUCCAGCUUCACCGUCAUGUACCGCGGCAUCCCAUUGGGAAAAGCCACCGUCCCCGGCUUCUUCCAACAGCCUCACAGCACCCGACAGGUCAUCGCCACCAUCGCCGUCGAUCGCGUCAAUUUGCUUCAGGCCGACGCCGCCGAUUUGAUCCGAGACGCCUCCCUCAGCGACCGAGUCGACCUCAGAGUCUUGGGCGACGUUGCUGCCAAGAUCCGCGUCAUCAACUUCGAUUCUCCAGGUGUUCAGGUCUCGGUGGAUUGUGCUAUUGUGAUCAGUCCAAGAAAGCAAUCUCUGACUUACAAGCAGUGUGGGUUCGAUGGAUUGACUGUUUGAUGAUAUCAUUCUUGUUGGCAGUAUCAAUGUCCUUAUCUUCCACUCGAUUUCUCACUUGACCCUUGUUUCUUCGACUAAUUUAAGGAAGAAAUGAGGAGGGAAAGGAGUGAGAGAAAAUUUGGGGUGUUAGAGGGAAUUUAGAAUGGUUAUUGGAGGAGUCACGACAAAUUGUUAAACUGCAAAGUUGAGGAAAAAGGUUUUGGAAUAGAUAUCAAAUUAGGGACAUUCAACAUUUUUCUCAAAGAAUUUUGCAGAAAUUUUUUGAAUAGGUUACUUCACUUGGAAGACAAAAAAUCUGCGGAACAACGUGUAAACUGUAAAAUACAUCCAAUGAGUGGGUUAGGUAUCCUGAUGAGCUUUUCUUAA